AUGGCAGCGGCAGGGGAAUGUGAACACGGGAAGCCUCCGGCCAUCACCAUCACUGCUCUGCGUUCUGCCCAAACGCUCGCUCACCUGCCUGCUGGCCUCUCCCUCCAGCCACCUGUGCUGCACGGCCUCUAUUGCAGUCCAAAGAGGUUCUCGGGCCUGAUCCGGACGGGCGGAGCCCCGACCUCGGGUGCUGGAUCGGAGGACGGGAGGGGGAAAUCCCACCGCCGCCCCUCCCCACCGCUCUCGCCUCUGGAGCCCAGCGGGACCCGCCGCCACGGAGGCCCCGUGGCAGAAGAGAGCCGCUCCAGACGGUCAGAAGUUAGGAGGGCGGAAAGCAACGGCCGGCGCGUCUCUGCUCGCUCGGCGGCCCCUGCAGCCCAAGCGGGGCGGGCGAGCGGCGGCGCGGCUUCCGCUCGGAGCUCCUCAAGGCAAGCGCGGCGUCCCGCCCCCCGAGGGCUCCGGAGGGGCGGCGAGCUGUCGGGCAGCAGCGGGUCCCGCCUACUCUUCCCCCUCGGCCGGCCAGAGGACGCGCCCCGGCUGCUCCCGGAGGACCCAGCCCGAGUGGAGGCGCCGCCGGGUCCGCUCCCGCCGCCGCAGCUCCCGGCGCCGGCCAUGGGUGAGAACCACCUGGGGCGAUGCCAGCAGGAGGCCGAGGAGGUGACGGAAAUCAUGCUAGACAACUACACCAAGGUGUUGGACCGCGAGGGCAAGCUUAGCGACCUGGAUGAGCGGGCUGAUGAGCUUUGUAAACAGAGUUCUGCCUUCACCAAGACAACAAAGACCCUGGCCCAGAAGAAACGCUGGGAGAAUAUGAGAUUCAAGAUCAUCCUGUUGGCCGUGGUUGUGGUGGCUGUUCUGCUCAUCGUCAUCACCCUCUACUUCACUCUCUCUGGAUCCGGGAACCAGGUGGCUCCAGCAAAGACCAGCACUGGUGGUGACUGAUCACUGAUCAAGUUCUCCCCAGGAUCCUCUUCCCAACACCAAGCUUUCAGGGUGCAGGGCCUCGGGGCCUUGCUAGGAUCUGGCAGUAGCCUUGACCACUUCAUUUCUCAUUGUGGCAAGCAAACUGAGGAAGGAGGCAAAGGACACAACCCUCUUGAUGUCCACGACCUCAACACCAAAAAUGACUCUGUGAGUGAGAAGGAAGGAAGGAAAGCCAGGAUUAACUUCGCUGGCCCGGAGGAAGCCCCUUUCACCGAGCGGGGGCGAAGCCAGCAGCGGCCAGCCUCCCCUUGCCUACGGCCUACUCCCCCCCUCCCCGUCUUCUUCGAGAGCCGUCCUUCGCGCCCGCGGCUCUUUCGGUAUCGC